AAAAAAAAAAAAUCGGCGGAAAGCCAGCCGCGGUUCUCGGCUCCUGUCGCUCAAGCAGAGCCCCGACGAACACGCGCCGCUGUGCUCAGCGCCAAACCCACCGACAGCCGCCCGGCCAGACUGGGAGGUGCUGGGGCAGAGGGGCCGGACUGGGAGGCCGGCUGUAAAAAAAAGUUUGCUGUUUCAAAGUUAAGUUUGUCCGCCUUGGGUUGCCAUCCGGGAGCUGGAGGGCUUUGUUUGAGUGAGACGGCGAGCGGACUGGGGCUGAACUGGGAGCGCUGGAGCAGACAGUAGUGAUGCAGAACUCGAGGGGUGACUGAUAAGCUUGUUGGUGAUGACGCACUUGGAGAUUGACCAGACCAGUCUGCCCUGCGUGCAGGACGUUUGCCAGGGGUUUGCUGUGCUGGAGGAUGGAGCACUGGCCUAUAACCUACAGGAGCAGGAAAUUGAGAGCCAUUAUGCUGCCAACAUCCAGAAGAGCCAACUUCUCCAGAGGGAUGUUCAGAUUGCAAAGAGGCUGCAGGAAGAUGAGCGACGGAGAGUUGGGCUGAGUGAGCGUCUGAUGGACACGGAGGAGCAGGACUCCAGGUAUGCCAGAGCCAUCCAUGAAGAGAUGAGGAAACGUGAGGAUGAACUGCAAAUGAGAGAAGCAGAGGAUGAGGUGGUUGCCAAGCGUAUGCAGGCAGAGGAGGAAUUGAAGAACAGCAGGUGGUACCGCCAUGGAGAAGAGGAAGAGCGUCCAAUACGCUCUGGCUCCACCGUGGAAGAUUGGCAGCGGCCAUGCCCUGCCUGGGGUCUCCAGCCGUCUCCAUCCUUUGCAUCUCGUGACGCUGCUGCACAAUGCCAUGAACUUCUUCCCAUGUUAGAGGCCACUGGUGCCAGGGAUGCUUAUCUAAUGGGCAACCAGGGAAAAGAUGGCAUUAGGCCUUCAGUCCAUCUGGAUGACUGUGGUCUGUUUGUAGGCCCUGAGAUGAACAGCAGGGCGGUCUCCUGUCUAGCCAGGGGUCAUCUAAAUAAACGAAAGGUCAGCAACGGCUUUAACACAGGUUCCAGUGAGCAAAGUGACCACAGGUCGCGUCAAAAUGUCAUAGGGCAUGAUCAGGAAAACUGUGCCAGAGGUUCAAAUCACAAACGCCAUGGUGUCAAGGAGGAGCGGGCUGGGGCUUCAGGUGGCCGGCAUGGCUCUCGUAAGGAGAGAAGGCGGCGGAGUGAGGGCAGACGUAGAGAAAGAUACGGACCCCCCAGCUCAGAAGAGGAGGAGGAGGAGGAAGAAGAGCGCAGAGGAAGAACCGAAAGGAGACAGAACCCUGGUGGUCCAAGCUUCCUGCUCCACCAUGCACAUUCAGCGAGAGCAGAACUAGGGGCUCGGCUGGAGCUGCGUGACCUGGAGCAGGUUCUCCGUGAUGAGGAGAUGGCUAGAAAGCUGCAGGCUGAAGAGGAAGCCGUGGCAGUGAACUCUGAAGAAGACUUCCGCACAGCCCAGGUGGCUCAGGAUGAGGAGAUUGCGCGCUUCAUGCAGCGGAGGGAGUUGAAGCUCCAGGAGAGGUCAGACACGCCAGUGAGGCGAAGUUCACAAAGGGACUGCAGUGACUCUGCUGAAGGGUCAGGCGCGCCAGACAGAGGAGAGCCAAAGAUGGGGAGACGGGACUCUCAGAGUGUGUCUCCUGGCAGCAAGCAGGGACCAGCCUCUCCCGGAGGCAUUGCUGCCAGCUCAAGAAACAUCGCAGAGGAACUUGACCCAACAUUCCAGGCCCCGCAGCAGAAUGGCAUGCUUGAGCUGACUGCGGGCUCCUUGCCUGGGCAGGAGCUCCAUACGGGAGAACGUCAAACAGUUUCCCAGGUGUGCCCAGUGCCACCUUGCAGUUUCUAUGACUACAUGGAGGACUGCCCUGAGACAUUCAUUGUUCCACCAACAAGGCGAUCAAGUCAGAAAUUGGGCCGGCUGAAGGCAAAAGAUAAGAAGGAAAGCUGCAAGCAGCAAUGAUGUGUGCUGAGCCUGACAGCCAGGACUGGCUUGAAGAUGGUACUUCAGAGGCUACUGCCCUCUGUAACAUUCCUGCCCGUGCCAACUGUUUUCUUCUGGACACAAGAGCUUCAGUGGCCACCUUCUUUGUAGUGGUAGACCUCUUAUAUACCUGUUUGUAUGAAAGGCAGGCAUGGACUGCAGUGCCACUGGCUGCCUGCCAUGCUGUUGACUCCUUAGAGUGAUUGGUUGGCACCUUGCCAUUCAUGUGCCUGCUUUGUCACCGUCCCUCUUUGUAAGCUUCAAACGCCCGUCUGUUUUGUUCUCGUCACUCCUUUCACAUUGCUUUAGUUACUUUUAUGCAGAUUCAGCUCCCCCUGGGUACAAAAGGUGCGAUUAACCUUGCCAGGGCCGUCCUGCCCACCACUGCACAGAUGCUGCCUUCCACUGGCGUUUGGGACAUAUUCAUGGAUGCCAUCUGAAUUUUUAGGACUUUUGAUGAAGGACACUGUCCUGUGGGCACUGCCUCAAAUACCCGUGAAAGGCGAUUCAGGGAAAAACAACAAGCGGAGGGAUGACAGGAUGAGCCGUUCAGAUCACGUCCUGCUACUGCAAACUUGUUAAAGGUCCUCCACACAUGGAUCUGGUCUUUGUGCUGACCAUGAGCACCAUUUUAACUACAUGCUGAGGAUUGACUGAAAUAGCAGGGGCACAAUGCACCCGCCUGCUCCUGUGCCCACCUCUGUCUUCUGUUUGUCUGUCUUGAUAGCAAAUUAUAAUACGCCUUUUAAACGCCCCCUCCUGGCCAGCCCUGGAAGUUCCUCUUGCAUGCUUUAGGCUUUCAGGGAGGAGUGAGCUUAGCAUGCAAAGCAAAAUCACUUUAAACGUUUGUAUUCACUACACAGACAUUUAAACGCCAUGGAUGGAAGAAAAAUAAACUCUUUGCACAUUUGAAA